CAGGUUAUUCUAUGAUCUAAAACAAGCAUCCUUUUCAAGUACUGCGCCACCGCCAUCAUAGCUCGGUGGUAAAAAGAAAGCUGCUCAGAGCUUCAUGCAAGGACGGCCUGUAGUCUCACAUUUUACUGAAAGCAAGACAUUUUACCCUAAAGGUCGUGUAUUUAUCGCGAGGGGCGAAGGUCGAGACACCAGCCCCAACUGAUCCCAGCCCUCAGUGUCUAACAUCAGACGACAGCCCUGCACACAGACGCUAUGGAUCGUUCACCCACCACCGCCAGCCUGAUGGCCAGCAACGUCACCAACAAGACCGACCAGCGCUCCCUGAACUCCCGCGUCUUUAUCGGGAACCUCAACACCCUGCUGGUCACCAAGGCCGACGUGGAGUCCAUCUUCGCCAAAUACGGCAAGAUCGUUGGCUGCUCCGUGCACAAGGGCUACGCCUUCGUCCAGUUUCUCAAUGAGAGGACGGCCCGCUCUGCUGUCGACGGGGAGGACGGGAGGAUGAUCGUCGGCCAAGUUCUCGACAUCAACCUGGCUGGAGAACCCAAACCACACAGGUCAAAAACUACCAAGCGCUCAGCUGGGGACAUGUACAGUAGUUCCUCCUUUGAACUCGACUACGACUUUCAGAGAGAUUAUUACGACAGAAUGUACUCGUACCCGUCCCGUGUUCCCGCUCCUCCUCCCCCCUUGUCGCGGGCCGUGAUCCCUUCCAAGCGUACGCGGGUCAGCAUGAGCGGAGGAAGCAGCCGGCGGACCAAGAGCAGCUUCUCCUCUUCGUCCAAGAGCAGUCAGAGGACAUCCUCGUCCAGAACAAUGAAAGUGGACGAGCUGCAGACCAUCAAACGGGAGUUGUCUCAGAUCAAAAGCAAAGUGGACGACCUGCUGGACAGCCUGGAGAGCAUGGAGAAGGACCAUGGCAAGAAGUCGGGGAUGCGGGCUAAAAGUGUUAAAACGGAGCCAGGCGAGGUGACUUCCCCUCCACACCCAAGCAGCAAGAAAGAGGACAGCCUGAAGAGAGAUAGGGAUAUCCAGGAGGUCAACGACUCUGACGAGGAUGAAGACGAUGAGGGAGACCUGCUGGAGGAAGAAGAGGUGAAGAGUCAAGAGAGGGACGACGAUGAUGAGGAAGAGGAAGGAGAGCACAUUGAAGGCGACGAUGAUGGCGAUAGUGUGAACGGUGACGAUGACUCCUAGGCUCGGAGCGCACCGACGCAUGCUGCGAAAGACAGCUUCCAGUAGGAACUCGGACUCCUGUUUUAACACUUAUGUUGUAGAUACAAAAAGCAAACUGUGCACACACACAAGCAUGGUGCACACACUCUGUUGUCCCAGUGUCCCCAAAGUCAAAUUUGGUUUGUUUUGUCCAGUGUUGCUGUAACAGGAAUAACUAGCUGUAGAUUCAGUCUGUUUUUACUGCUUCGGUGUUUGUCUCCGGGAGAAGAAGGAAACACGGUACUGUUGAUGUUCUCAGAGACGACAGCUCGACGGACAUGUGUUAACGCAGGAGGACAAUAAUUCAGCUACGAAAGACCGUUUUAUAAUUUCAAUGUGCUUUGGUUUUCUCAUCGGUGAGUUUGUUUGUCCCUGUCUGUGUGUUAAUGUCAGUUUUUUAUACUAUUCAGUUUAACUGUAAAGGAAUAAAUUGCAAUAAAAUAUUAAAAUGGAAA